ACGUUCCAACCAAUCGACGGAAAUUUUCAUUAUGGGUUUGUCUGAAUCCGGGUAUCUUCUAAAAUAGGCGGAAGACCCGGAUAUUAUCUCUUCAAUCCCUUGUUCGAUUAACCCAAAAUCAUCCAGGUUCAUUGUUCUUCUCCUCCGAUUGGCUCAAAUUUGACAAGAUUCUUUACAUUUCCUCACGGAUUUCGAUGUCGAUCUAGAUUUUUGGCUGACGAAGUGGAAAUUUCACCCUUCAUUUCUAACUUUCUUAAGCCCUCGAAGCAAAAGCCCGUCGGAGUUCGUCACUCUCUGCCGUUCCUUAUGGCCUUCUCUGAGUUCCGUCCGCUUGAUGAGAGCUCCCUGAUUGAGUACAUUAAGACUGUUCCUUCGCUGUCUGACAAGCUGGGUAAUAAGUUCGAUGAUAUUCAGAUUAAGGAAAUCGGAGAUGGUAACCUUAAUUUCGUUUACAUAGUCUCGGGUUCAUCUGGAUCCUUUGUUAUCAAGCAGGCUCUUCCCUACAUUCGUUGCAUAGGGGAAUCAUGGCCAAUGACAAAGGAGCGAGCAUAUUUUGAGGCAGUGGCAUUGAGAAAGCAUGGACUUUUGUGCCCAAAUCAUGUGCCUGAUGUUUAUCACUUCGAUCGUACCAUGUCGUUGAUUGGCAUGCGUUACUUGGAACCUCCUCAUAUAAUCCUGAGGAAAGGUUUGAUCGCUGGAAUUGAGUAUCCAUUGCUGGCAGAUCACGUAACGGAAUACAUGGCGAAGACUCUCUUCGGCACGUCGAUCCUUUAUAAUUCUACCACCGUGCACAAAGAAUCCGUUGCAGAGUUCUGUGGGAAUGUGGAGCUAUGCAGGCUCACUGAGCAAGUUGUGUUUUCUGACCCAUACAAAGUGUCUGAAUACAAUCGUUGGACAUCACCGUAUCUUGAUCACGAUGCCGAGGCUGUUAGAAACGACAACGAUUUGAAGGUCGAGAUUGCUGAGUUGAAAGCAAAGUUUAUAGAGAGAACCCAGGCGCUUGUUCAUGGAGAUCUUCACACAGGGUCCAUUAUGGUUACUCAAGAAUCAACACAAGUUAUAGAUCCAGAGUUCGCAUUCUAUGGACCAAUGGGAUUCGAUAUCGGAGCAUUUCUGGGGAACUUAAUCUUGGCCUUCUUUUCACAAGAUGGACAUGCCGUGGAAGGCAACGAUCGAAAUGCAUACAAGGAGUGGAUUCUGAGGACGAUCGAAGAGACAUGGAAUCUGUUUCGUAAGAAGUUCGUGGGACUAUGGGAGCUGCACAAGGAUGGUCCUGGGGAGGCUUAUCUCCCUGCCAUUUACGACAACCCCGAGCUCCAGCAGCUGGUUCAGAACAAAUAUUUAACCGACUUGUUCCACGACAGCCUUGGUUUCGGAGCAGCUAAAAUGAUCAGGAGAAUAGUGGGAGUGGCUCAUGUGGAAGACUUAGAAUCAAUCAGUGAGCCCAGCAAGCGCGCAGCCUGCGAGAGGCGAGCCCUUGAAUUGGCUAAGUUACUUCUAAAGCAAAGGCGAAAUUUCACUUCCAUUUCUCAGGUCAUUUCUGCCAUUCGUGAACUCCAUUAAUCAAUGCAAUGCCUCAUCGACCCCGAAAAUGAAGCUGCUGGAAUUCCCGAUCAUUCCCGACCCAUGAUUUCUCGAGUUUAGUUAAAAUAAAAUAUGAUCGGAGUUGCUACCACUAUACUAAUGCCCAUCUUCUUCAUUACUCUGCAUUUUCAACUUGUUCUGUUCUUCAAAGUACUGGGUUUGUAUUAUUGAGAGAAGUUAGAUAUUGUUUGCAAAUUCAUGGACAAUAAGCAUUCCAAAUACCAGCCAAAAAAUGAAUCAAUUGCAGACAAAAUUUACAUU